AUGGUUGCCGAAACCAAGCUCUACGAUGCCUUGAGUAUCAAGCCCAAUGCCUCGCAGGAGGAGAUCAAAAAGGCCUACCGGAAGGCAGCAUUGAAGUACCACCCAGACAAGAACAAGGACAAUCCUCAGGCAUCUGAGAAAUUCAAAGAUGUCUCCCAAGCAUACGAGGUGCUCUCUGAUCCCGAGAAACGCAAGGUCUACGACCAAUUCGGCCUCGAAUACCUUCUCCGAGGCGGUCCUCCGCCCUCGCCGGGCGGCGGCGGUCCCACAGGUGCCGGCGGGUUUGAAGGAGGCAUGCCGGGUGGAUUCUCAUUCGGCGGCAUGCCUGGUGGCGGAGGUCGCUCGUUCCAUUUCUCUACCGGCCCCGGCGGUGCCAGCGGAUUCCGGUUUAGCAACGCCGACGAUAUCUUCCGAGAUUUCGCCAAAGGCGGUGGCGGUGGAGGAGGCAUGGGUGGUCUAGAUGACGACAUCUUCUCCAUGCUCGGCGGUGGAAUGGGUGGUGGAAUGGGUGGCGGCGGAUUCCCUCGCAGCCGCCCGGGAGCUGGAUUCUCGCAGAAAUCGAACCGCGCUCCGACGCCCGAACCGACCGUUGUGGAGAAGGACCUGCCGCUAACCCUCGAGGAGAUCUUCACGGGUACCUCCAAGAAGGUUAAGACAAAGAGCAAGACUUUCGAUCCGAGCGGCAAACGCAAGGUCGACGAGGUGACGCUUGAAGCCAACAUCAAGCCCGGUCUCCGCGCCGGCUCCAAGAUCAAGUACAAGAACAUUGGCGACCAAGAAGAAGGCGGCCGGCAAGAUGUGCAUCUGAUUGUUCGAGAGGUUCCACACUCUGUCUUCAAGCGCUCGGGAGACAAUCUCGUGACCACCGUCGAACUCACCCUCAAAGAAGCACUGACAGGGUGGGAACGCAUCGUGCGCACCAUCGACGGCAAAUCCAUCCGCGUCCAAAAGCCUGGCCCGACCCAGCCUGGCCACGAAGAACACUACCCAGGACUGGGCAUGGUGAUCUCCAAGUCGCCCAACGAGCGCGGUGACCUUGUCGUGCGCACCAAUGUCAAGUUCCCCAGCAGCCUGACCGCGACCCAGAAGGACGUUCUCAAAGACAUUCUGCCGUGA